GUGGAGUGAUCUAUAGACCUAUGCAACAAAGUGUCUCUAUGUGAUUUAAUUAUAUAGAGUGGCGGUGCGGCCGCUGCGGGUCUUGUGAGUGCAAGGUGCUGGGGUUGGCAUUGCAAGCUUCGGGUGACUAUGAGCACCUACCGUGCACGGUCACCCAACGCCCGGAUUCAACCAACGCCCGGUGCACCACACAUAGACGUUAUUUCAACGCGUAAUAACUCAACAACCAUGCCAGGAAUUAAAGAUGCACUUGAGCAGAUUCGUAAAUUGAAGCCAGAUGAAAAACUUGUCUAUACUACAAUUGCAAAAAAUCAUGGUGUUUCUUGCACAACGUUGUUGCGCGCGCAUAGGCGUGUGCAGGUCCCCCAACACGUCGCCAACCACAACCAACGCAAACUCAGCGACCAACAAGAAGCAGACCUUGUGAGGUAUAUAGAGGAGCUCACAGCACGUCGCUUACCACCUACAAGAGACAUGGUGCAAAAUUUUGCGUCUGCAGUUGUGUCAGAUCGCUGCUCCAAUAGCUGGGUUACACGCUUCCUCAACCGUCACAGCGACCAGCUCACGGCUCAAUGGACAACGGGUAUGGACUCUAAUCUGUGAGAGGGGGCCAGCUGGGGAUACCAACUGCUCUCUGAGAUGGAAGGAUUGGUGGAAGGAUGGUUCAGGCUUGUUGGAGAUAAGGGUGUAGAGGAGACCAAGUGUGGGGAUACC